AAUUUUAGAAUUCCAAAUUCAUUCCGAUGCAGAGUUCACAUCUCCCCGCAGAUGGUCAAAUAUAUUUGCUUUUCAAUCUUUCCCUCCUCUUAUACCCUCUCUUGCUCUUCUCACUGCGUCCGCUUCUCGAUCUCCUAACCGCCGGCGUUCAUAUACGGUGAUGGACGGAGGUGCGGCUCACAAUCCUCGUACGGUGGAGGAGGUCUUUACGGAUUUCAAGGGCCGUAGAGCCGCCAUAAUUAAAGCUCUUACUACGGAUGUUGAAGAGUUUUACCAGCAAUGCGAUCCAGAAAAGGAAAAUCUUUGCCUCUAUGGGUUUCCCAGUGAGCAGUGGGAGGUGAAUUUACCUGUUGAAGAGGUGCCUCCAGAGCUCCCAGAACCUGCAUUGGGUAUUAACUUUGCCAGAGAUGGAAUGCGAGAAAAGGACUGGUUAUCCUUGGUUGCUGUGCACAGUGAUGCAUGGUUGCUUUCUGUGGCCUUCUAUUUUGGUUCUAGAUUUGGAUUUGAGAAAGCUGAUAGGAAACGUCUUUUCAAUAUGAUAAAUGAUCUUCCAACAAUAUUCGAGGUUGUUGCAGGGGCACCGAAGAAACAAACAAAGGAGAAAUCAUCAGCUUCAAAUCAUAACAACAGCAAAUCAAAAUCUAACUCCAAGGGAAAGUAUUCAAAGGCAAUGCAGCCAAAGGAUGGUGAUGAGGAUGAUGAUGAUGGUCUAGAAGAUGAAGAUGAAGAGGAGCAUGGGGAUACACUCUGUGGGGCUUGUGGAGAUAACUACUCAUCUGAUGAAUUCUGGAUUUGCUGUGACAUCUGUGAGAAAUGGUUCCAUGGAAAGUGUGUAAAGAUUACCCCAGCCAGAGCAGAGCACAUUAAGCAGUACAAAUGCCCAACCUGCAGUAACAAGAGAGCACGGCCUUAGUGAUGGCCAGGCAGGUAAGUUAAUGUGUAUUCUGGCACCAUGGAGUUCUAACCGUAUCAAAUGGUUCGGGUUUGUUCGAAGUCAUCAUAUCUAGGUUUGCUCUUAGUCAUCGUUCAUUAUUAUUAUGUGUAGCGUAGGUUGCCAACUUUCUGACUAUUAAUUACAGAAAUUAUUAUAUCAUUAUCUGGAUUGUCAUUUUCUUAGUUGAAAACUUGAGCAAACUCGGUUAAUGUUAAAAUCGUG